GGGUCUACGGUGCUGCAUUCGCUGUAAGGGAGCAACUUUACCGCUGCACCACCGUGACCACCGUGAUCGACUGUUGGGAGACCAAUUUCCCUCCUAGGAUAAAUAAAGUUCUAUCGUAUUGUAGGUCCCUGGUGCUGUAAAGCAGCAACUCUACCGCUGCGCCACUGUGCUGUGUGUACAUUGCUUCUAUGUAUUCUAGUUUAGUUUAGUUUAUUUUUGUCACGUGUAGAAACAUAGAAAUUAGGUGUAGGAGUAGGCCAUUCGGCCCUUCGAGCCUGCACCGCCAUUUAAUAUGAUCAUGGUUGAUCAUCCAACUCAGUAUCCCGUACCUGCCUUCUCUCCAUACCCUCUGAUCCCCUUGGCCACAAGGGCCACAUCUAACUCCCUUAUUUCCAAGAUAUGUACCAAGAUACAGUGAAAAGCUUUUGUUUGCAUGCCAUCCAAUCAAUAAAACACAAUACUGUACAUGAAUAGAUGUCUAUAAAAAUCUCUAUGUAUAUAGACACUAUGGGUGCCUUCUCCGAUUAGCUGCUGUGAUUUUCGGUAGUUCCCAAUGAUUUUUUGGGCCAGAGGUAUUCACAAUGUCAUUGACCCAAAUAAAGGAGAUACAAAUUUGGUGAUUUUAUGCGGCAUGAUCAGUAAAAACUGAUUUAUAGAAUUAAUGAUAGUGGCAGAUAAAAUGAGGAAAUAAGGAAAUGUAAGAUAAACCAUUCUAGAUUCAAGGAAGAAAGUUCAGCAAUUGUUUUCAGUAGCUGGGAACAAUGGAGAUAUUAAAGGGUUUAGGACUCGUAGUUAUUAGUUUUAAUCUUAGUUUAGAAAAACAUCAUGGAAACGGGUCCCUCAGCCCAUUGUGUCCACAUCUCCCAUCAAUCACCCGUUCAUAUUAGUUCAGGUACCUCCCUUUCUCAUCCACUCUCUACUAACUAGGGGUAAUUUUACAAAUGCCAAUUAACCUACAAACCCGCACAUUUGAUGUCCAUCUCCAAAUGUGUCCCAGAAAUAGCCUGCAAAUCAGAGAGUCCUUGCCAUCACAUAAGCCAGCCUUGGUACACUCAGCCUUGGUAGCUACUCCUGAAUACCCAUCUACCUGAGCAGCCAUGUUAACACUGAGACAAGACACUUGUACUGGUCCUACCCCUUGUGGUGUUCUACCAGUCAAGUUAAGUCGAGUCACUAUUAUUUCUACAGCACAUUUAAAAAACAACUCUUGUUGGCCAAAGUGCUUUACAUUGGUGAAGGUACUAACGUUAUACAACAUUGGUUCAUAGAUUAAGUACAUACAUAAAUACAUACAUAUAGCCCUGGCUCAGAGGACGUCAAGAAAGGCUUGAGUGUAAAGAUGAGUUUUAAGUCUCAUUUGAGUCGAUGGAGGGGGCAGUUCUGAUGGGAAGAGGGAUGCUGUUCCACAGUCUAGGAGCUGCAACCGCAAAGGCGCGAUCGCCCCUGAGCUUAUGCCUAGACCGUGCGGGAUGUUCAGUAACCCCAAGUCGGCCGAUCUGAGGGACCUGGAGGUGGUGUGGUGGGUAAGCAGACUUUUGAUGGGGUGACUUCAGUUGAUUUUAGUUUAGUUUCGUUUAGUUUAGUUCUGUUUUGUUUAUUGUCAUGUGUGCCGAGGUACAGUGAAAAGCUUUUGUUGCAUGUUAACCAGUCAGCGGAAAGACAACACAUGAUUACAAUCGAGCAAUCCACAGUAUACAGGUAAAUGAUAAAGGGAAUAACGUUUAGUUUAAGAUAAAGCCAGUAAGGUCCGAUGAAAGCUAGUCCGAGGGUCUCCAACGAGGUAGGUAGUUGUUCUGAUCGGCUCUCCAGUUGUUGGUAGUUGUUGGAACUGUGACAGUGUUGAAGUGGAGAAUGGCUGGAGUUCCGCACAUUUUUAAGCUAAAUUGUAACUCUUCCCACCUCACUCUGACUUGACAUCUCAGAUGACCAGUUGAUCACAGGACAACAGGUUGCUCGUGCGUGCUUGUUCACACUCCUAUCUUGCACAUGCAAUCCCUUCAUUGAAUGGACAUUAAGUGGAAGAUCACAGCUCCAUUGUGGGCUGGUCUUUCUGCAUAAACGUGGGCACGGAGCCAUGAGAAAAAGUCUGCUAAUUUGACAUGCAAAUUUGUAAGAAUUCAGCACAAUUCUAGCCAGAAAUCCUCUACUUCGAGGGCUCCUGCUUUUCACAUGCCUUUCUUAACUACCUCUCAAUAUAUUUAUCAUGGGCACUUUGAACUGAAGAGGUUUGACAAUGAUUCUUUACAAAUUUGCAUGAGAAUGUUGGUACAAUGGGCUAAUUAGCAAAUCUCCAAAUAGGUUCUUCAAGACCUUUUUUGUUUAUGUCAACAUGCUAUAGGCGGAUUGGGUUGCAUGGAACAUAGGAGGAGCCCGUUCAAAGGGGAGCCUUAUAAAAACUCCAGUCCAGACCUCUGGAUGAUUUCUCUGCUCACACGAGAAGUGAGAGUGCGGGCCAUUCUCCCAGUCUGUCUGCAAGAAUGAAGGCUGCUUCUACAGACUACGCCAACACUGGUGCUUUCUACAUGAAUGCCCCGAAGACAUUUGACCAGCCGAGAGAUUGCAGGACCCAUAUAGCCAUAAGCCGAAUCCCCCGGCCGAUGAAUGCCUUCAUGGUGUGGGCAAAAGAUGAGAGGAAGAGGUUAUCUCUGCAGAACCCCAACCUUCAGAAUACGGAGCUCAGCAAACUGUUAGGGCGCUGUUGGAAAUCCCUGACCGUGGUGCAGAAACGACCAUACAUUUUGGAAGCGGAGAGGCUGCGAGUGGAACACAUGCUGGAGUACCCCAACUACAAGUACAGGCCACGUCGGAAAAACCAAACCCGUGGCCCGUACCGAAAUGGCGUCUCCCUUCACAUGGAUGGCACAGAACGGCAGGAAUCAACUGUUCAUCAGGACAAGAAGUUCCCCGUCAGCAAACAGGUGAUGGACAUGUAUGCUCUCCGUCACCUACCCCCAGAGCUGAACUCAUCCGGCAAGCGGGAGAUUCACCCGUCGGACAAAAGGACUCCUCCAUCUUCCUGCGGGCACGUUGCUCAACAUGAGCGCGCAGCUGAAACCGAAUGUGCGCUGGCAUGUCCACUAUCCCAUCCAGUUUAUGGAUUUCCUCAUCCCGAUGCAAGCCUGUACUGCCACCAGUCCUAUCAAAUGACCCCGGUGCUUCCCCCUUACGAUGCAACAUUUUGUUGUCACAAAAUGGCAGAACCAUAUCGCUCACUUGAGAACUUGGCCCAAAGUUGUUUUCAGAGCUCCCAAACCAUACAACCAGUGAAUGACAUGGAAGUCCUGGACAACCUGUGCUACUCUGACCUGCUGGCAGAUGUAGAUCGUAACGAGUUUGACCAGUACCUGAACAAUGACUCCUGGUCUGACCCAAUUGGCCAUCUACUGACUGAAAAGGUCGCUGGUAGCAACGACGUUCCUGAAACAGACCUUGUGUCUGUGUUGGCCGAUGUGAAUACAGCCUGCUACAGUACCAUUUCCAGAUACAUUUGACACACCGCUACUGAUGGACUCUUUCUACCAAUGCUGAAAGAGAACUAUACUGUUCAGAGGUGCCAUCUUUCAGAAAUGAAGUUAAAACUGAACCCCAAUGUGCACACAAGGAACUGCAGGUGCUAGUUUAAAAGAAAACACAAAGUGCUGGAGUAACUCAGUAGGUCAGGCAACAUCUCUGGAGUUGAUGCUUGAGGUCGGGGCCCUUCUUGAGACUAGUCUAAUCUGAUGGCGCUUAAGGGCAUAAGUAACUGGAGCAGAAUUAUGCCAUUCGGCCCAUCGCCACUCAAUCAUUGCUGAUCUAUCUCUCCCUCCUAACACCAUUCUCCUACCUUCUCCCCAUAACCCCUUGACACCCGUACUAAUCAAGAAUCUAUCUAUCUCUGCUUUAAAAAUAUCCAUUGACUUGGCCUCCACAGCCUUCUGUAGGAAAGAAUUCUGCAGAUUCACCACCCUUCUCUGGAAGACAUGGAGAGGUGAUGUUUUGGAUCGGGACACUUCCUCUGAAUAGUCCUAAUCUUUAAGAUAUCACCCAACCACGUCUUUCAGAGAUGCUGCCUGACCUGUUGAGUUACUCCAGCACUUUGUGUUAAAAUUAAGCCCUAUUCGUCUUAGGUGCUCUUUUGUAGUCGCCCAUGGCAUGAUUAAAGUUGAACAAAGGACUUCUUCCCAGUAUCCUGAUCCAACAGUUAACACCUAAAUAAUAAUUUUAUUAAUACCUUGAUGCUUUGGGAUCUUUCUGUGAGUAACUUGUUGCCAUGUUUCCUGCAAUGGAAAGUAUGUGUAUUCUUUCUUCUUGUUCUCAUCCCAUCUUUCCCAGGGAACGCUUCGACUGGAAAGGAUAGUCUUGUGGGAGAAUAAACUAUGAUAUUGAGAUAAUCAGG